AUGCAUUUAGUUCUUGUCAGACCCACAAAGGCCCUAAUAAUCGACAAAGCGGAAAAAAAUCCCGAUGUCGCCAAUGAAGACGGAACAUUCGCAUUAUCGACAGAAUAUGAUCUUUUGACAAACACGUAUCGUCCUCUCAAAUUAACUACAAAUACCUUUUGUUCUGCUGGUUCCUUUUUUGAAAAUGGCACUUUGGCUGAAGCUGGUGGUGCAGAAGUUGCCUUUGGACAUAAGGAAGGUUUUCAAUCGCUUCGGUUAUUUGAUGCUUGUGAUGAUAAAACUUGUGAUUGGGUAGAAUAUCCUGGUUAUUUAAAUAGUAAUAGAUGGUAUACUACUAUGACAUCACUUCCCGACGGUAGAGUUUUUGUUUUGGGCGGAUCAACAAAAGCUACUGGAGUCAACAAACAAGAUAUUCAAAAUCCUACAUUUGAAUUCCUUCCAAAUAAUGGCGUAGAAGCUCCUAAAGAACCAAUGCAAUUCUUGAUAGAUACCUUCCCAUAUAAUUUAUACGUAACAGUUAUAGUGGUUCCAGGUCCACCUGAACAAAAUUGGUUAUUCCUUGCUGCUAAUAAAAAAGCACAGAUCUGGGACUUUGGAACUCAAAAAACAGUAAAACAAUUACCUGAUAUACCAGGUGGUCCACGUACCUACCCACUCAUUGCCACCACUACUCUCCUUCCUCUUAGCUACGAGAACAAUUAUGCCCCCGAAGUAUUGAUUUGCGGUGGUGGUACUGACAUUGUACCAGCUGCACCAACCGAAAAUACGUGUGUCAGACUUAAUUUGGUUGAAGCAAAUGGUGUAUGGGACGAAGAAGAAUUCGGUGGAAUGCCUAAAGGUCGUAUAAUGGGUGAUUCGGUCCAUUUACCUGAUGGUAAAAUACUUAUUGUUAACGGUGCUGCAGUUGGUUAUGCUGGUUAUGAUAGAGGACCACCUGAAAAUAGAAUUAAUGUGGCAAGCGAGCCCACACUUACUCCUCUUGUCUACGAUCCUAAAGCUGCAAAAGGAGCCAGAUGGGCUAAAUGGGCUGACAGUACUAUCAUUCGUGGCUACCAUUCUGUUGCCACUCUAAUACCUGAUGGUACCGUGUUUGUUACUGGUAGUAAUCCAAAUGGUGCCUACUGUGAUAACUGUAAACAUCCUACUGAACCUACCAUACUAUCAGUAGCCGGACUAAAAGAACUUAAUGGCAUAAAUCCUAUUCCAGUUACAUUCGGACAACUCGUCACAGUUACAAUUCAAAUCAGCGCAACAGCAGUGCCCGAUGAUAUUAUAGUAUCACUUGUUCAUAUGGGCUUCAUAACACAUUCACAACAUAUGUCAUCAAGAUAUAUUAGAUUAAAGGUAGAAAAUUUAAUACCUACAGAUAUAGGCUAUGCUAUUGAUGUAACCAUGCCACCAAAUGGUAAUAUGCUCCCUCCUGGCAGACAUCAUUAUCUUUUCGUAACAUACAAGGGUACACCAGCUGCUAGUGCUGUUGAAGUUAAACUUCAAAAGGCUGCUACUUAG